AUGUCCAUCACCAGCGACGAUGUAGCCGGGCUUGUCGCCUGGUUCAAUCUCGAGAUUACCGCGGACGGCCGCUUCAGCUUUCGCUCGUUGAUGCAAAUGAUGCUCAGCGACUUGAGGCGGUCGCGCCGCUCAUCGUACUAUGCCCACAAGGAGAACCACAACUCGACUAUCAAGCGUGUGGAUUGGGAGGAGGAGACCAAGCUCCAGAAAACCGCGGAGGCUUGCGACAUUGCCAUCUCCAACCUUCGCAUUGGUCUCAAGUCCGUCCGGAAGCGGAAGCGUGGCACCAUCAGCAGCAAGGCUGGCCCGCCGGUGAAGCGGCGGAAGUCGGCCAAGUCAGCUGAUAAUAAGUUGCUCGGCUCCAGUGUGCCGUACGCCUCGCCGCCGCCUGCUGUCCUCAGCAAGCCCGAGAUGGUGCCCGUUGAUGGUGAGGCCAAGUACGUGAUUGCCGACCUUGCCCUUUCUGAUGACGACUUUGCCUGGUCUUUUCUUGCUUGA